AUGCCGAAGCAAGAUUUAUCACCUCUCAGUAUAUACAUGAAUCAUAUGCCUAAUGCUGAAGAUUUUGAAGUGAAGUGCAAGCAUUUAAAAACUGCACUCCAGUGUCAUGAAGUUUCUACAGAGGAUGUAAAACGUGUUAGAGAGUUUGUGUAUAGACAACCAGUAAAAACGAUAAUAGAUAAUAAAAUAGCCCACUUGAUUGAAGUUAAGCAUCCUAAAACGAAAAAAAGUGAAGAAACAUUGACAAAUAAAGGCCAAGCAAUUAGGCUGGAUUAUUUUUUAAGAAAUAUUAACUCUGAGAAGCUGUUAGUGUGUCAAAAGACGUUUUUGACUGCUUUGAAGAUCUCACAACGGAAUAUCCUUACUAUCGGAAAAAAGAAGGCAGAAGGGCAGAUAAUUGCGAGAAGGGGAGGUGAUCGGAGAAGCAAAAAAUACGAGCAGCAGAAAAACAGUAAAAUCAGUGGUAUGCAAGAAGUAAAGCGAGUUCAUUUGAAAAGGGUUCGUGAAAAGUGUUUGACAAAAUUAGAAGUCUUCUGCAGAACAGACGAUAAAAAGUAUCAGAACUACUUGAAACGAGGUGCGAAAUUAGAAAUUUACCAACCUAAGCAAAUUGAACUGCGCAAUAGCAUUAAAAAAAUUAAGCCUGAAAACGUUGAAACCCUAUUAAAAAACUAUCAAGAAGACUGGGAAGAUAAUGAAACCUUCGCUUGGUACAAGAACCUACUAAAUGAAAGAAGACAUCCAACAGGAGGCGAGGAAGAAACAUGCCCGGAAUCCGACGAUGUAGAUCAAGAGCACUCCUAG